AUGAUUUUAAAACCCAGCGUUAUAUUAUUAACUUCCAAGUGCCUUAAUAUUUUGCGGAAUACUUCCAUAAGAGCCUACAGUUCCAUCGCCAGCAAUAAGAAACCGGAAGCAUGUAAUCAAAAGCGACCAAUUGAUCCAGCCAAAGUUCGAAUGGGUUUCCUGCCCGAUGAUUGGUUUACAUUCUUUUACAACAAAACUGGCGUGACAGGUCCAUACAUCUUCGGUCUGGGUUUAUUGAAUUAUCUCUUCUCCAAAGAAAUAUACAUUUGUGAACAUGAAUUCUAUAAUGGCAUCUCCAUGGCUCUGUUAUGCAUUGCAGCAGUUAAAAAACUUGGACCUCUAGUUGCCGACUAUUGUGAUAAAGAAAUUGAAAAAAUCGAAGAAAAAUGGAAACAAAUGCACGCCGAGGAGCUAAAAGCUCUUGAAAAUUUAAUUGAACAUGAACGCAAGGAACAAUGGCGUGCCGAGGGUAGUCUGCUAUUAAUGCAAAUGAAAAAAGAAAAUAUCGCAUUACAAUUGGAAGAAGCACAUCGAAAAGCAAUGAUGAAGGUAUUUGAGGAUGUUAAACAUCGCCUGGAUUAUCAGGUGGAGUGUCGUAAUAUUGAGAUGCGCAUCAGUCACAAACAUAUGGUUAAUUGGGUGGUCAAUAAGGUUUUGCAGGAAUUACCUGAGGCGAGGGAUGAAUCGUUGAAGGAAAAAUAUCGUGCCGAUUUGAGUGCAAUGGCUUUGAGAAUUAAAAAUUAA